AAGGGCUGCAGGUUCCCGGAAGCCAGGGGCGGUGGCUGUGGCUCCCUGGAGGUGUGGAGCUCCGAAGAGUCAGCUGAGACCCAGGAAGGAGAGCUCCAGGGGCGUUUUCUAUCGCCUCGGAGGUGGGGGUCAGGGUUAGCUCUGAGAACUGUGGAGCUCAUAGUUGUGGACCCCGAGGUGUUCAGUCUCACCUGCUUGGUGAAUUCCGCAGAUGUAAGUGAAGGAGAAGCCACUGUCCUGCCCUGAUUGUGAGUCACCUCUCUGAAGAGACCAGUGCACGCAGAAGCCUAAACAUGCAUCGUGAAGAAUUAAUCUUGAUACUUUGUGUUCUCGUUGUUAAAAGUGCCCCAAAAAGUUGCAUUCGCCGGUCGCAAAUUCACGUAGUAGAGGGAGAGCCUUUUUAUCUGAAGCCCUGUGAUAUGUCUGCACCCAUGCAUAAGAAUGAGACAGCCACCAUGAGAUGGUUCAAAGGCAAUGCUUCACAUGGCUACAGAGAGCUGAACAUGAGAAGCUUGCCCAGAAUCGCUUUUCAUGGUCACGCUUUGGAAUUCUGGCCAGUUGAGCUGGAGGACAAGGGAACGUACUUUUCUCAAGUGGGAAAUGAUCGUCAAAAUUGGACCUUAAAUGUCACCAAAAGAAACAAACACAGCUGCUUCUCUGAGACGCUUGUGACGAACAGAGAUGUGGAGGUUAAGAAAUCUCUGUGGAUUACGUGUGAAAAUCCUAGCUAUGGAGAGCUGAUCAACCACACAUCGCUGUAUAAGAACUGUAAGGAAAUAUCAAAAACCCCAAUGAUCCUGAAGGAUGCCGAGUUUGGAGAUGAAGGUUAUUACUCCUGUGUGUUUUCUGUCCACCAUAACGGGCAACAGUACAACAUCACCAAGACUGUCAAUAUAACAGUUAUUGAAGGGAACAGUAAAAUAACUCCGGCUAUUUUUGGAUCGAAGUCUGAGAAGGUUGGUGUAGAACUAGGAGAAGAUGUGGAGCUGAACUGCAGUGCUGUGCUGAAUAGAAAUGAUCUGUUUUAUUGGAGCAUCAGGAAAGAGGACAGCUCAGACCCUAACGUGCACGAAGACAGGAACGAGACAACAUGGACUUUUGAAGGCAAAUUGCAUGCUUCAAAAAUUCUGAGAAUUCAGAAAGUUACAGAGAAAUAUCUCAAUGUUUUAUAUAAUUGUACCGUGGCCAAUGAAGAAGCCACAGACACCAAAAGCUUCAUCUUGGUGAGAAAAGAAACACCUGACAUCCAAGGCCAUGUCUUUAUGAGAGGAAUAACCAUGGUUGUUCUCACCUCUGUGGCAGCAGUGUGCGUGGUGAUUUUGUGCAUCAUUUAUAAAGUUGAUUUGGUUUUAUUCUAUAGACGUGUAGCGGAAAGAGACGAGACACUAACAGAUGGUAAAACAUAUGACGCCUUUGUGUCUUACCUGAGAGAGUGUCAUCCUGAGAAUGGAGAAGAGUACACUUUUGCUGUGGAGACGUUACCCAGGGUCCUGGAGAAACAGUUUGGCUAUAAGUUGUGCAUAUUUGAAAGAGAUGUGGUGCCUGGCGGAGCUGUCGUUGAUGAGAUCCAUUCACUGAUAGAGAAAAGCCGGAGGCUAAUCAUCGUCCUCAGCAAGAGUUACAUGACUAAUGGAUCCAGGCUCGAGCUGGAGAGCGGACUCCACAGAGCGCUGGUGGAGAGGAAGAUUAAAAUAAUCUUAAUCGAGUUUACUCCAGCCAGCAACAUCGCCUUUCUCCCGCCGUCGCUGAAACUCCUCAAGUCCUACCGAGUUCUGAGGUGGAAGGCCGACAAGCCACGCUCUUCCAACUCACGAUUCUGGAAGAAUCUUCUUUACCUGAUGCCUGCCAAAGCCGUCAGGCCAUGGAGAGAAGAAUCAGAGGCCCGGCCUGUUCUCUCGGCACCUUGAGCUUCAGACUAGCUCCGUGUCAAAGGGAAGCGAAGCCCUGCUAGAGCUCAUGUGUGUGUGCCUUUUCACAGCGGUGGCUGUGGUUCAAAGGACUGAAUUUUGUGAAUAUCCCUCCCACUCCCAGUUACGAGAUUUGUCAUUGGGUCAUCACAGAUGAAACAGAACCUUGACUGUGAUCCUGAACUCCCAGAAGACCUGGGGAUUCACGAGAAAUCAGUUUGUUAUGCUUCCUUCCCCUAGAGCAGUGGGUCUCAACCUGUGGGUUGUGGCCCCUUUUGCAAACCUCUAUCUUCAAAGAGAUUUAUGCUAUGAUUCAUAACAGUAGCUAAACUACAGUUAUGAAGUAACAAUGGCAAUAAUUUUAUGGUUGGGGGUCACCA